GAGCGCUCCAAAUAACCUACAAAUGCACCUUGGCUUUGUUUCCCUUCAGCUGCCAGCAGCUCCCGAGCCACCUUUGGAGGUUUUAGCCAGCAUCUGCACGGUGGCUUUCUCUGCGGAGUGACGGGCUGGGAAACAUGGUUUUGGGGGGGACGUGGGGGGUGGAAGUCCUCGGAGUGCAGCGCCGGGGCUAGGAUUGCAGAGGAAGCUGAGGCCUCCAGCCCUGCACAGGAAGCAAUCUUAGAGCAGGCCUUAAAUGCCAGAUUCCAGGCAGAGUUUAACUAACCACUGACAGCUCUGUAAACAAAGCAGGGACAAAAAGAGAGCAGCUUUCCCUUUUCUGGUAGUCAUUUUUGGUUUGGGGGCUGCAGGGGAAUUCUGUAAUAGUCGGCUUGAUGGGAUAUAAACCGAGGCUGGAAAGGCUUUGUAUAUGAAGAACUGUAAAGGGGAAAAUACUUCAUGGACUAAAUCAUAAAGAAGAAGAUUUGGACCUUCCCAGAGCUUGGAACGCUUAAACACCCACCAUGGAUGACUUUGAACGCCGCAGAGAACUCAGGAGGCAAAAGCGUGAGGAAAUGCGCCUGGAAGCAGAGAGGCUGUCCUACCAGAGAAAUGAUGACGAUGACGAAGAAGCCGCCAGAGAACGUCGCCGGCGGGCUCGACAGGAGAGGCUGCGGCAAAAGGAGGAAGGAGAUCUCUCAGGAGAAGUAACGGAGAAAUCCGAAGUGAAUGCCCAAAACAGUGUGGCAGGAGAGGAAAGCAAGCGUUCUACAGAUGAUGAAGCUGCACUGCUGGAGAGACUGGCAAGACGGGAGGAGAGACGCCAGAAACGUCUGCAGGAAGCCCUGGAACGCCAGAAGGAAUUUGACCCCACGAUCACAGAUGGGAGCUUGUCACUGCCCAGCAGGAGAGAAGUAAACAAUGUGGAGGAAAACGAGACCACGGGGAAAGAGGAAAAGGCUGAAACACGCCGAGGACGCUAUGAGACUGAGGAGACAGAAACAGUUACCAAAUCGUACCAAAGGAACAACUGGAGGCAAGAUGGGGAAGAAGAGGAAAAAAAAGAAGAAAAAGACAAGGAGGAGGUACAGGAGGAGAAACCAAGGGAGCUCCCCGUAGAGGAAAACCAGGUAGAUGUGGCAGCAGAGAAAUCCACAGAUAAAGAAGAGGCAGUAACUGUAAAUGCAGAGGAACACAAAGCAGAGAAUGAUACAAAUGCUCUGCCGGAAGGGACGCAAAGUGUAACUGAUGCAGUAGAUAAAGAGAAGCUUAAGGAUGAGGAAAAGGCUGAGGAAGAAAGGAAGGAAGCAGAAGAAAGGGAGAGGUUAAAAGCAGAGGAGGAAAAGAGGGCAGCUGAGGAAAAACAGAAAGUAGAGGAGGAAAAGAGGGCAGCUGAGGAAAAACAGAAAGCAGAGGAGGAAAAGAGGGCUGCUGAGGAGAGGGCUAGGGCAGAAGAGGAAGAGUGGGCUAAGGCAGAAGAGGAGAAGAGGGCAGCUGAGGAAAGAGAGAGGGCUAAAGCAGAAGAGGAGAGGAGGGCAGCUGAGGAGAAACAGAAAGCAGAGGAGGAAAAGAGGGCAGCUGAGGAGAGAGCAAAGGCAGAAGCGGAAAAGAGGGCAGCUGAGGAAAAGGCUAAACUAGAAGCAGAGAAAUUAAAGGAAAAACAAAAGAUGGAAGAACAGAAAAUAGAAGAUAAACAGGUAAAAGAGAAGAAAGUAGAAGACAAAAAACCUCAAGCAGCUUUCUUAAAAAAACAGGAGGAAGAAAAAGUGGAAGCUAAAAAGGAAAAGCUGCCAGAAGAGAAGCUCCAAGCUACCUCCAUAAAAGAUCAGGUAAAAGAUGACAAAGGUAAAGCACCCAAAGAGGAAAUGAAAAGUGUCUGGGAUCGUAAGAAGGGCGUUCCUGAACAAAAGGCACAGAACGGAGAACGUGAGCUCACCGCCUCCAAACUUAAACCUACUGAGAAUGCUUUUGGCCGCUCCAGUUUGAAAGGGACUGCAAAUGCAGAGGAGGCGAAGCCGGGGGUCGAGGCUCUGAAGAGGUUGGAAGAUCAGCGCCGCCGGCGGGGCGAGAACGAGAGCGAGGAGCUGGAGAAGCUGAAGGAGAAGCAGCAGGAGGCAGCAGCAGAGCUGGAUGAACUGAAGAAAAGGCGGGAGGAGCGCCGGAAAAUCCUGGAGGAAGAGGAGCAGAAGAAGAAGCAGGAGGAGGCUGAGAGGAAAAUCAGAGAGGAGGAGGAAAAGAGGAGGAUGAAGGAAGAAAUCGAAAGAAGAAGGGCUGAAGCUGCUGAGAAACGCCAAAAGAUGCCGGAAGAUGGUGUAUCUGAAGACAAGAAGCCGUUCAAAUGUUUCAGUCCUAAAGGUUCAUCUCUCAAGAUAGAGGAGCGAACAGAAUUUUUGAACAAAUCUGCUCAAAAGAGUGGAAUGAAGCCCACCCAGACAACAGCAGUUGUCUCAAAGAUUGACAGUAGACUUGAGCAAUACACUAGUGCAAUUGAGGGCACAAAGGCUUCAAGACCAGCUAAAGCUUCUGACCUUCACGUUCCAGCUGAGGGUGUCCGUAAUAUCAAGAGCAUGUGGGAGAAAGGGAAUGUUUUUUCAUCACCCUCUGCGACAGGAACACCAAAUAAGGAAACUGCUGGACUGAAGGUUGGUGUCUCCAGUCGUAUCAACGAGUGGUUGACCAAGACCCCAGAGAGCAACAAAUCACCUGCUCCAAAACCUUCUGAUUUAAGACCAGGAGAUGUAUCUGGCAAACGUAAUCUCUGGGAGAAGCAGUCAGUGGAGAAGCCAGCUGCUUCUUCUAAGGUAUCAGCUAUGGGGAAAAAAUCAGAGACUAAUGCAGGUUUGAGACAAUUUGAGAAAGAACCGUAGAAGGCCACUAAAGACGCUGGACCAAUCGGUUUGGGG